UCUCACAGUAGUUGACGGAAAAAGUAGCGUCAGAAUUCGGAAAUAGGAUGGCUCAUUUCGCCCCAUUCUCGCUUUGGUGCCCAGUCACCCCACUCAAUUCCUAAAAUACCAUAAUUAAUUUCCUAAAAUCCUUGGCUGUCCGUUCCUCUCCUCCUAAUCGGCAUCGUCGCAAUCCAUCCCUCUCCUAAUCGGUUAUCGGAAAGAAAAGUUGUUUUUGCUGUCCGUUCAAGCACUUCGCUUUCUCCUUUGGAAUAAAAAACCCUAGUUAGRAUUUUAGGGUUUCUGUAUUCUUCGCCUAUUAGGGUUCACAUUCGGGUUUGUUUUUGCUGAGAGGCAGUUUUGUGUGAGAUUCUACAAUGUAUGCUGAUCGAGUAGCGGCUGGAACCAAGAGGUCUGUGAAGGAGCGGCUUAACGGGAAUAUUGGAGAUGAUUUUGGUCGUAAGAGGCAAACCAAUGGCAAGAGGCAGCGGCCGAAUGACGACAAGUGGGAGCAUGAUCUUUAUGAGGAUGAUGAACCACAAGUAUCAAAUCGCAAAGUUGAUGGUAGAGAUCUCAGGUUGAAGCUUCAAAAGAAGGGUUCCCAGCAAGUAUAUCAGAGCGGAAAGGGUACUGUUACAGGUGUCCAGGAUCUACGUGAGAAACUAUCUGGGACAAUGCAUUCACAACCAGCAAAUACUGAUCCACCAAAGUCAAAAUCAGUAGCAGAGGUAGCUAAACCUGCUAGAAAAAGUGUUGCAGUUGAAGCACCUCCACUAGAGACCAAAAAGAUUUCCAGUUCAGCUGCUUCGAAGAAAAAGACUCAAUCAAAGGAUGAUAAAUCAGUGGAUGGCUUCCUACAGUCUCUGGGUCUCGAAAAGUAUUUGAUUAUUUUUCAGGCAGAGGAAAUUGACAUGACUGCUCUGGUUCACAUGACUGACGAGGAUCUCAAAACUUUAGGGAUUCCCAUGGGUCCCAGGAAGAAAAUACUUUUGGCCUUGGAUCCCAGAGUCUGAAAUUGGGAAUCAGCUAACUAGGUUCACUUGCUGUAUGUCUAAAACGUGAGCGAAUUUCAUGGUACAACACUGAAUUGCGCAACCGCUGGCUCAUGCUUACAAGGCUGUAAUGUAACCUCUUUGGUUUUAAUUAUUCGGUUGUAUUGUGAAAGUGGUUUCAGCGGGUCUGGGAGAGAAGUAUUGUCAACAAAUAGAAGAUUGUGCUAAAGGUGGAGUUUCAACUUAAUGGAUUUUGUGGUUAUCUAUGUAUCCGAAUUGUUGAUUCCCAUCAUCCCACUCUCACCAAAAGAACAUCCAUCAAAUAUAAAGAUUCAUAUUGAUGACGGUGAA